AUAUCAGCACGACAAUUUUUGCUCAUAGAAUAUUGAUUUUUCAUCCGACGCCAGCGUAUAGUCAUCAGCAGCCAGCGAUGGGUUUGACGGAGGCGCUGGUUAAAAAAGGCCACGACGUUUUUGUUUUGGGACCUAAUAAAGUGCCGGGACUGGAAGGAAAUUACACCUACUUUGAUUUUUCAUGGUUGUACGAGUUUAACGCUAACUUUACAACAGAGGGUGUUAAUUUACAGCAAGAAUUCUCUAGCCAAUUUAUGUGGAUUCCAUUUUUUAGAGUGUACGCAGACAUGAUGCGGCAAAUGUUUGAAAGUGACACCUUCAAGCAUUUCCUCAGACGUGUAGAAGAUGAGAAGAUAUCAUUUGACGUUGUGACCGUAGAAUCUUAUGUCAUUCCGUACGGGGUAGCACUGGCUCGUCUCCUAACCAGGAACAAACCCGUAAUUUCCCUACUGACCAUGACUGGCGGAGAUUUUUACAACGAAGAUGCAAUCGGGAACAUAAAACAUUUGUCAUAUUCCCCCUCAAUGCUGAGUCCCUACACUGGACAGAUGAGCCUGUGGGAACGUUUAGAGAAUUGGGUUACGCAUCACUAUGUUUCAUCGAGGUUGCAAAACAUUUUUGAAAGUUCAGCUAGAGCCCAUUUCAGAGACACGUAUGGCCCGGAUGGGGAGGCUCUUGUUGAUGGGUGCUGGGAGAAUAUCAGUCUAGCCAUGAUUUCCUCCAACGCUCUUUACUAUUACCCGAGGCCCAUCACUCCCAAUGUCAUCGAAGUCGGACCUCUCCACAUCAAAACGCCAGAAAAAUUACCGAAGAUACUACAAGAUUGGCUGGAUGGAGCUGGUCGUGGCGUUAUUUACUUCAGUCUUGGCAGCAACAUGCGAAGUGAGAAAUUACCUCAAGAGGCGUUGGCGAACCUCUUGAGGGUUUUCGGAGAACUGCCAGAUGGGUAUCGGGUGCUGUGGAAAUGGGAAAGUGAUAACGAGGUUCCAAGUGACCGGGUGACUGGACUGUCAAAUAAAAGAAAUAUACUUACUCAAAGAUGGAUACCGCAGCAAAGCGUCUUGGCGCAUCCGAUGGUAAAAUUGUUCAUCACACAAGGAGGGUGUCAAAGCUUCCAAGAAACAGUUCACUAUGGAGUUCCAACGGUAGGAGUACCCUGGUUUGCUGACCAAGAGGUGAACGUAGCAAAGAUGGUUGACGCAGAAGUUGGCUUUCGUCUUCGACCCUCUGAGCUGAAUUCAUACGAAAAAGUUAAAACGGCGAUCAAUGCUGUUUUGUUCGAUAAAAAAUAUGACGAAAACAUGAAAAAAAUGUCUAGCAUAUCGCACGAUUUCACAAGUCGAGCGAAGGAUCAAGCUGUUUUCUGGGUGGAGCAUGUGGCCAAACAUGGAGGAGCAGAUCAUUUGAGACCUCAUACCGCCAAUACUUCUUACUUCACAUACUUCUGCCUCGAUAUCAUAUCGAUUAUUUUGAUCAUUACUACAAUAAUAUUUUAUAUCCUCUGUAAAAUCCUUACCUACUCAAAUAUGUUCUCUAGCUCAAGUAAAAAGAUUAAAAGCUCAUAAUUCAUUAAUA